GACUCGCGACUGAUCGCCUCGAGCAUUCACACUUUUGACCCGCCCACCGCUGACAAUCGUCCUAUGUUACAUUGCACGAAAAGCGACGGAUCACCCUGAUCCACUGCUUCGCAUCAAACUUUGUGGCCGAGGAGUCGAUCUUCUGCUGAGGUCUCGAAGGGCCAGCGCCAAUUUCGCAGCAGGGUACAGAAUGUCAAGCAGAAAGCUGCCAAGCGCAUUUCCGAGCGCAGUUGCCUCUUCCUCGACGUCUACGGAAGCGCGCGACUCUGCUUUGAUAGCGCCGCUUGACACGCCUCCGCCCAUCGAGUCUCUGUCCGAUCUCGUAGCUCAUCGAGCUGCGCAGAAAACACAGAGCGCCGGUUCUGCCUCUCUCGCACAAGCCUCCUCUUCUCCUCUUCACAAGACGUUUUGGUUCGGUAAUGGAAGCCAAAAUGUACCUUCCGCAACUGAGGAUGCUCGCGCUCAGCCCGUCUCGGAGGACGAUGAGACGAUCAGAAAUUCUGGAGGACGUAGACGGACUCCACAGCCAAGCCUUUGGCAGCGAGCUCGUAGGGCGCUGAGUCCGCUGUCAGGACUAUUGGGGCAGUCAGCCCACGCGGCACUCUCGCGAGACGAUACAGCGAGCAAAAGCGUCGCUGGAGCAACCCGUGGUUCAGAUUCGAGCGAGCCUGGCGCGAUGUGUGAGCGUCAAGCGCCAGAAGGCGAGGCGGGAUUGAGUGACACGGUAGAGGAGGAGGAGGACGUGUCGCUCGAGUCCCUGCGUCUGUCGACUGCCUCCUUAGCCAUUCUCACUGCUGCGGUCGCUGGAGCGCAGAUGGCCUGGUGCCUGGAGCUGGCAUUUGGCACGCCCUACCUCUUGUCCCUGGGUCUGUCUAAAUCCUCCACGUCACUCGUAUGGCUGGCAGGCCCUGUCAGCGGGCUGAUAGCGCAACCGCUUGUAGGGUCCAUGUCCGAUCGAUCCACCUCCCGCUUCCGCCGAAGGAAGUACAUGCUGUCAGCUGCGCUCGUCCUCUCUCUCAGCACUCUUCUCGUCGCGUUUUCACGUCCUCUUUCUGAGCUGUUGGCCGAUAUCACAGGUAUUGGAAUGGGCGACUGGGAUCCCAAAAGAGAGAAGACGGUGGUGGCAUACAAUCAGUCUUUUGCCAUCGUCGGCUUCUGGAUUCUGGAUUUGAGCCUGAACGCUCUACAAGCUGCUUCUCGGGCAUUAAUCCUCGAUGUCGCACCAUCUGAGCAACAAAGCAGCGCAAAUGCUUGGCAAGGACGCAUGGCUGCCCUGGGCAAUCUAAUAGGCUAUUCUGCUGGAUGGCUCGACCUUGGAUCAUCUAGAGCCCUGAGAUGGGUCGGAGGCGGUCAAUUCAGGAAACUGGCGUUGGUGGCUUUGACGGGCAUGUUAGUCGGAGUGGGAACGACCUGUUUGCUCAUCGACGAGACCAAAGGUGCGCAUUCAAACGCUACCAGUGCAAGUCACAACACGACUACGCCACAUGGACAUACAGUGCAGCCUCAAAGCAGUCUCUGGCAGGAGCUGAAGCUCUCGCUGAGAGACAUUUGGCAAGCAGCAAGAAGGCUACCCCGACCUGUGCGUAGAGUCUGCAUGGUCCAGCUAUUUGCAUUCAUGGGCUGGUUUCCGUUGCUAUUCUACGCCAGCAGCUACAUCGCAGAAGUCCACGCAGCCCAGAGAGGUGGUCAAGAUGCCGUGCUUCUUGAAGCUGGGCCGGUGCAGAAGUUUCUUGGGCGGUCUGAGGCAGACAAGGACGCGGAAAGGGGAAGCAAAGCUCUGCUAUUGUAUUCUCUUGUAGCUUUGGUUUCAGGAAGUGUGCUGCCUUAUGUAGCUCUUGCUUCGGACUCGCGCUUGCAGAAUCUGUGGUCGAAGAGGCAGCCCUUGGCCAGUGAAGGUCUUACCGAGUCAGCACAUCUGCUCCCCGGGGUGGGCGAGGAAGCAGGAUUGACAACAUCGCCCAAGUCCAGGACAAGACUUCAACGGAUCGCCCAAGGCAUUCGAGAGGGGGUUACUCUGCGGACUAUAUGGACCUGCGCAAGCCUCCUUCUCGCUACCUUGAUGGCGAUCACAUUUCUUCCACUCAAAACCACUGGAGCGACUGUACUGAUAUCGAUGGUUGGCAUUCCCUGGGCAGUUGCUAGCUGGGUACCCUUUGCGUUGGUCAUGGAGCAAGUUCACGAAGCCGAACAAGGCUCGUCGCCGUUUGAGUUCGAGGGAGACUAUCAUGGCGCGCAAAGGACUGCCCAGCGGAGGCGGGCCAGCAUGCUCGCUGUGGCAAGCUUCCACGUCACAGGUACUACCUCGGAGAGCACAUCAAGUGAUUCCACGAUGGCGCAGACACAAUUGAGAGCCGCACUGAACGAGUGCGGUCCUCUGCGACGAAGAGACCCGCCUGCAUCACUUUUGAAAGGGCGUUCGAGCAGGAACACGACUCCUAGUGGGAGCGUCCUGGCCAGGGGUGGAGAGAUUAUCGGUCAUCUCCCAUCCAGCGGUCCGAGGCAUGCGCCAACAGCUGCCUCGACGCAGGGCGGAUCGGGAGGCACGAUUCUCGGCAUUCACAAUCUCGCCAUCGUCUUCCCUCAAUUUGUUGUGGCAGUCAUUGCUAGUCUGAUCUUCAAGGCCGUGGAUCGUCAAGACCCGACGGUCACCCUCGUCGACGAAGGUGGCAGCGCGAGCCCCGAUGUUUUGCCAUUCCUUGUCGGGAUUUCAGAGGCUCCGCACCAGCAGUCAGCAGAAGGUGUGGCUUGGGUGCUGCGAUUCGGAGGUCUCAUGUCCCUUUGCGCUGCCUUACUCACCAGAUACAUUCCGUUGACGAGAACGGAGAGGGCAAGAAGAGGUGAAAUACUGGAUGCUGAUUUUGCACCCUCUCACUUCGACGACGAGGUAGGCGAGGACGAGGCGGAUGAUGAGCUGGACUGAUGCUUCUGGGGCUCGGUCUGCGCUGUCUCAUACCCACGAUACCUCCCGCUUCACGAACCCGAAACACCAUAAAUGACGUGAUACCUAGAGCCAAAAUUUGGAAUGCAAUGGUUCCUCGUU